ACACCAUCUUCCCUUUCUUCACAAGCUCACCAAACGCUUGGAAUUCGCUCAACAUAAGAUUAGAUGCUGAAGCUAAAUGGCCAUUGCAAUCUUAUUCUUAGUACAAGACACAUCAAACUAGGGGUUGGGAAGGCAGAGCGUUCAUGGAACAUUCAGUACCAGAAAGGCUGGAAAUUCUUUCGCAAAGUCUGUCAAGGCUUUGAAAGAUGAGAUGGAUGGGAGUACAAGGGGCUUCAGGGGCCAAAACUGGGAUCCUGGCUUGGAAAUUGAAGUUCCUUUUGAACAACGGCCGGUGAAUGAGUACUCCUCUCUCAAAGAUUCAGGCUUGUACUCGUGGGGUGAACUGGGUCCAGGGUCCCUUUUCCUUCGUCUCGGAGGUCUCUGGUUGGCAGCAUUUACUGUACUUGGGGCUCCAGUUGCAGCGGCAAGUUUCAAUCCUUCAAGGGAACCUUUACGAUUUGCGCUAGCUGCUGGAACAGGAACUCUAUUCCUUGUGUCACUGCUCGUCCUAAGAAUUUAUUUGGGAUGGAGUUAUGUUGGUGAUAGACUCUUAUCAGCAGUGAUACCUUAUGAAGAGAGUGGAUGGUACGAUGGACAAAUGUGGGUAAAACCACCUGAGGUGCUCGCUCGUGACCGACUCUUGGGUUCUUACAAGGUUAAACCAGUCAUUCAAAUGUUGAAACAAACACUGGUCGGAAUAGGGGUAUUACUCGUAGCAGCAGCGUCGCUUUUUGUCUUUGCUAGGCCAGUGGAGGAGUUCUUUCAAAAUGCCAUGACGACUAAGGAGAAUUCAUUAAACAAUCCACCUUCAAAAAUCAACAUGAAGUUCAACAUAAGAAAAGAGGAGUUGCUUCGACUGCCAGUGGAGGUAAUGCAGGAUGACGAUCUAGCAGCAGCUGCAGCUGAAGCUGCUGAUGGAAGACCAGUAUACUGCAGAGACAGAUAUUAUCGGGCAUUAGCAGGAGGGCAGUACUGCAAAUGGGAAGAUCUAGUCAAGUAAUGGGAGAAGGAAGAAUAAUUGUCAAUCGUUAAUCAUUGAAGUACUUAGUGUUUCAUGCUGGCAAUGCUAAAAGCUUGAAGUUUUAUGUAAUUAUUCUGAACAAGAGGUGUAGACUCUUUGGAACAACAGAAACGCAAGGAAAAUGCCAAAGAUAAUAUAAGAAAAUAUUUAAAGUGAAA